AUGUCAGGCUCCCAGAAAGCCGCAAAGGCCACCCAGAUGCUCAAGGCCAACGUUGGUUCUCUCCUAACCGAGUACAUCAAUCAGAACCGUCGCUCCGAAAAAGCUUAUCAGCGAGCACUUAAAGGUCUUCCAGGAGGAACAACCAGAGCAGUCCUCGAGUCAGACCCAUUCCCGCUUGUCGCAAAGAGUGCUGAGGGGCCCAACCUGACCUCAAUCGACGGAAAAACUUACAUAGACUUUGUCUCCGAUUUUACAGCAGGCUUGUUCGGCCACUCCAACAAAGUGAUCCAGGAUGCCAUCAUAGGAGCAGUGACCAACGGCUUCAGCUUGGGGGCCGUUACGGAGCUUGAAGCGCAACUUAGUGAGAGUAUAAAGCAACGAUUUCCUAGCAUCGAUCUGGUUCGUUACUGCAACUCUGGCACUGAGGCCAAUACCUACGCCAUUGCGGCGGGCCUUGCGUUUACAGGUCGAAAAAAGGUUAUGGUGUUUGACAGAGGUUACCAUGGAGGAACACUCAACUUUUCAACUCCAGCAAACCCGAUGAACAUUCCCCACAACUAUGUCUUCGGUACCUAUGAUGAGAUCGCAGAAACGCAAUCGGUACUUUCGGCCGAGGUGGGUGUAAUUCUCAUUGAGCCAAUGCAGUCUUCAGGGGGAAUGCGACCUGCCAGCCAAGAAUUUCUCGAGUACUUACGAACGGCGGCCGACGCACUAGGCGCAGUACUUAUCUUCGACGAAGUUGUCACCUCUCGUCUCGACUAUCACGGCUUACAGGGCCGCUUGGGAAUUAGACCUGACUUGACUACCUUGGGCAAAUUCCAUGGUGGUGGGCUGCCUUUUGGAGCGUUCGGAGGCAGAAGGGAGAUAAUGGAACAGUUCGAUCCUAAAUCGACGUCACCUAUAAAGCUACACCACUCGGGGACAUUUAACAAUAACAUUUUUACUAUGACUGCCGCCGUAGCUGCGGUACGAGUGUUCACAAAGGAGGAGGUAGACCGUAUCAAUGUCUUGGGAGAGAAGCUGCGUGACGGUAUUAACGAGAUUAUACUCGAAGCGGGUCUGGAGAGAAGUCUCAUUGCAGUUGGAGUGGGAAGUUGCGUUGGAAUUGGUUUCUUAAGCGCCGCUGCAGAUGAUUUGCGUGAUGCGUUUUACUUUCAUCACUUGAAUCGCGGCUUGUGGUUUGGUCGUCGGGGUUUUGCAUGUCUGAACUUUGCACACCAGGAAUCGCGCAUUGAAAAAGCACUGCGUUCGACAAAGGAUUUCGCCCAGCAGUACCGCCAAAUCAUUCUAGAUAUAGAAUCCCCGGAAACCAAGCUGUGA